GCGCGGGGGCCGGCGUCGAAGGUGGUGGCGGCGGCGCAGGAGCCGGGGGACUCGCCGCAGAGUUUCAUGUUCAGCGAGCUCCUGCCGGCGGCGCUGGUUGCUUUGGCUUCCGGCGGCCAGCUGAAGACAUGGGGCAUGUCCUGCACGAUCGUGCAGCUCAUUGUCCCUGUGGAAGUCGGCAGUAAGAUCCUGAACCCGGUGGAGGCGCUGAGUUGGUUGUCGGUGUGGGGGUUGGCGUCGUCGAUCUCGGAGAAUGACAUGGAGCAUGCGACCAUGGCCAUCUUGCAGGCGAAGGUGGAGACCACACCGGGCCCGUAUGAGGAUCUGCGCGAGUUCGCCGUCGGUCGCCGUCGUGCUCUUCAGCGCACUGCAAUGGCCAUGUACGACCGCAAGAUCGCUGUGCUGCAGUCGAAGCGGGCGCGGGUGGCCGGCAUGAGUGCGGACCUAAGCACUAUGGAGGAGGACCUCCGCGAAGUCGUCGAUGGGGAUGGCGCCGGCGCUUCCGACGGCGACAUGGACCUGAGCUCCAAUGAGUGA